CUGAGCCGAGCCCGGUGCCGAGGGCAGGUAGCUCCACAGACGGCGGCGGCGGCGACGACGGCGGCGGCGGCGGACUGAGCUCCGGGGCAGCCCGCUCCCUCCUCCCGGUCUCUCCUUCCCCGCGAUCAGCAUGAAAGCCUUCAGUCCAGUGAGGUCCGUUAGGAAAAACAGCCUUUCGGACCACAGUCUGGGCAUCUCCCGGAGCAAAACCCCGGUGGACGACCCGAUGAGCCUGCUGUAUAACAUGAACGACUGCUACUCCAAGCUCAAGGAGCUGGUGCCCAGCAUCCCCCAGAACAAGAAGGUGAGCAAGAUGGAAAUCCUGCAGCACGUCAUCGACUACAUCUUAGACCUGCAGAUCGCCCUGGACUCGCACCCCACUAUUGUCAGCCUGCACCACCAGCGACCCGGGCAGAGCCAGGCGUCCAGGACGCCGCUGACCACCCUAAACACGGACAUCAGCAUCCUGUCCUUUCAGGCUUCUGAAUUCCCUUCUGAGUUAAUGUCAAAUGACAGCAAAGCGCUCUGUGGCUGAAUAAAUGUCUUUUGCAGGCGCUGACUUUUUGUUUCCUUUGCACAAUAACAACAACAACUCCACAGGCUCUUUUAAGGCGCUGAACUCACUUUUCAACCCUUUCCCAAGGAGGCCAACAAGUCAAAGGGACCUUUUUUAAAAAUGGAAGGAAAACUAAGAAUGAUCAACUUCCCCAGGGUGUUUUCUGACAUGGACUGUGAUAUUAGUUAUUUAUGAAAAAGACUUUUAAAUGCCCUUUCUGCAGUUGGAAGGUUUUCUUUAUAUACUAUUCCCACCAUGGGGAGCGAAAACGUUAAAAUCACAAGGAAUUGCCCAAUUUAAGCAGACUUUGCCUUUUUUCAAAGGUGGAGCGUGAAUACCAGAAGGAUCCAGUAUUCAGUUACUUAAAUGAAGUCUUUCGGUCAGAAAUUACCUUUUUGACACAAGCCUACUGAAUGCUGUGUAUAUAUUUAUAUAUAAAUAUAUAUAUAUUGAGUGAAACCUUGUGAACUCUUUAAUUAGAGUUUUCUUGUACAGUGGCAGAAAUGUAUAUUUCUGCAUACAAAGUGUAAUGAUGUACUUAUUCAUGCUAAACUUUUUAUAAAAGUUUAGUUGUAAACUUAACCCUUUUAUACAAAAUAAAUCAAGUGUGUUUAUUGAAUGGUGAUUGCCUGCUUUAUUUCAGAGGACCAGUGCUUUGAUUUUUAUUAUGCUAUGUUAUAUAACUGAACCCAAAUAAAUACAAGUUCAAAUUUAUGUAGACUGUAUAAGAUUAUAAUAAACAUGUCUGAAGUCAA